GCAUCAACCAGAGGCAAAGCUCAUUCAGGCUUCUCCAACAGGAUACAGGAUACAGGACACAGACUACAGGAUACUCCACCAAUAUGGCAACCACCGCCAGCGUUUUGGCCAGCACAGUGGCGGCCACAUCAUCAGCCGCCUUGGAGGAUCUCCGGUUCAGUCUCACCGACUACAUCGUCUUCGCCCUGAUGCUGAGCGCCUCGGCAGGAAUUGGCGUGUACUUUGGGUUUUUCUCGAAGGCCAAAAACACCACCGAGGAGUAUCUGCAGGGCGGCAAGCGGAUGCCCACCCUUCCGGUGGCCAUUUCCCUGGUCUCCAGCCAGCUUUCCGGCGUGGCCAUGAUGUCUGUGCCAUCGGAGACCUAUUCCUUUGGCUUUAAUAUGAUCUUCGUUGUCUGGGCUAUGGUUCUGGCGGUUCCGGUUCUCAUAUAUGUGAUAGUGCCCGUCUUUUACGAGAACAAUGUUUCCAACUGCUACGAGUACCUGGAGAUGAGAUUCAGCAAGCGUACCCGCCAACUGGUCACCAUUACCUUCAUCAUGAACCAAUUCCUGAUGCUGCCCGUCUACAUGUUUGUCCCGGCCCUGGCCUUCUCCCAAGUCACCGGCUACAACAUCCACCUGAUCAACACUGUGAUCUCCUCCAUCUGCGUCUUUUACACGAUGCUGGGCGGGAUUAAGGCUGUGGUUUGGACCGAUGUGGUGCAGGGAGGCGUCAUGCUGCUCUCUGUUAUCCUGGUGGCCGUUUUGGGCACCUCGAACACGGGUGGUUUGGGCAAUGUCCUGACAAAUGCUGCCGAGGGCGGUCGCUUUGAUUUCAAUUUUGGUCUGGAUCCUCGCCUGCGUAUCACCUUCUGGGGGGGUAUUUGCAGUGGGCUGCUCAUGUGGACAGGUAAACUUGGUCUGGACCAGAGCUGCGUGCAAAGGAUUGUCUCCAUGCCCUCGUAUACUCAUGCCAAGAAGUGUCUUUUGAUGGCUGGCGUUGGCUUUCUGCUUGUCAUGUCCUUCACCUGCUUCGCUGGCAUCAUCAUGUUUGCCUACUACUACGGCUGUGAUCCCGUUCAAGCCGGGCUGGUUAGCAAGGCGGACAAACUGAUGCCGUUCUUCAUCCAGGACAUUAUGGGCCACCUGAUGGGCAUGCCAGGCGUCUUCAUCUCCUGUGUGUUCAGUGCCUCCCUGAGCUCCCUCUCAGCCAGUCUGAAUUCCUUCGCUGGAGUAGUGUACUUUGACUACAUCAAGCCGCGCAUUAACCACACAGAGGCCAGGGCCAACGGCAUUAUGAAGAUGACAAUCGUCGUGAUGGGCGCAUAUUGUAUCCUGGGCGGCUUCAUGGUGCAGAACUUCAACUCCAUAAUCCAGACCAUGUGGACAAUUACGGGCAUCAAUACGGGCGCCGUCGUGGGCGUCUUCCUCCUGGGAAUGUUUGUGCCCCGCUGCAAUGCCAAGGUAGCAGUGACAGGCAUCGCCUUCAGUGUGCUGGGCAUGUUGUGGAUCAUCAUCAAUGGCCAGCUCAACUUUAAGGAUGGCCUGAUCAAGUACGAACCCCUGCCGAAUGGUCUGGACAAGUGUGAUGCCCCUCAGUUCCAGGUCAUCCUAAAUGCUAUAAACAGCCAGAACUUGACCACCACUCCCCUACCUUCUCUGGAAGCCCCCAAGCCAGUGACCACUGCCUUUGGCAGCGACCGGGACUUUUCCAUUUACGACAUCUCCUUCUACUGGUACAAAGUGCUGGGGGCCCUGCUGGUCUUCGCCUGGGCCAUUCCCAUGAGCUAUGUGUGGCCCACGGCCAAGGAUGAGAAGCAAAAUCCCAAGCUAUACUCGCCCUUUGUGAGGAAGCUACUGAACCAACCAGGUCCUGUUUUAGAGUUGGAAGAGCUGCCUCUGAAGGCGCCACUCCCGGACGAGGAGGAAGUCAAGGAGAAGAAUAAUGGCACUGUCAGGGAUGCCUGAUGGAAAGACAUCAUCACAUUUGUACACUAGCAUUAUAAUAGUAUAGAAAUAAUUACGAAAAUAAUCAUAGAUUAAAGGUCAGCACAAGAGGGAGUCCUUAAAUCAGGAUCAAAGUUAAUAAAAUAGGAAAUGUAAAUUACUGAACGCAUAUCUUAUAGAUAUUAAUGUUUAUUAAUAAACCUAAUAAAAGAGCAAUCUAUAAACACUCAA